UCUUCUUCUUCUUCUCUCUCUCUCUCUCUCUAUAUAUAUAAAACCCUCACUCUCAUAGACAGAGACAAAAUCACAAUCCAACUACACCAAAACAAAACAACAAACAUGGAAAUAUUGUCACAAAUGUGGUCUCUUCUAGGACUCCUCACAGUCCUCCAAAACAUCUUGCCCUCUCAGCUUCUCUCACACUUACACUCCUUCUAUGAAUCCCUCCAAGACUUCUUAAGCCCAUACUCCUACUUCGAAAUCCCCGAAUUCAACGGCUACUGCGGCGUCGACCAUAACGACCUCUACCGCCAUGUCAACCUCUACCUCAACUCCAUCAACUCCUCCGCCACCUGUCGCCGCCUCACCCUCUCCCGCUCCAAAUCCUCCAAUCGAAUUGCCUUCACGGUCGCCCCCAAUCACACCGUCCACGACUCCUUCGACCGCCACCGCCUCUCGUGGACCCACCACGUGGAGACGGUCCAGGACUCCAUCGACGAGAAGCGUAGCUUCACCCUCAAGCUACCCAAGCGCCACCACCCUCUCGCCCUCCUCACCCCGUACCUCGAUCACGUGACAUCACGUGCCGAGGAGUUCGAGAGGGUAUCACGUGAGAGAAGACUCUUCACCAACAAUGGCCACGGCUCAUACGAGUCGGGCUGGGCCUCUGUCCCCUUCCGCCACCCCUCCACUUUUGAAACGCUCGCGCUCGAGCCUGACUUAAAAACACAAAUCAUGGAGGACCUAAGAGCAUUCUCUGAAGGGAGAGAGUUCUAUCAUAAAAUCGGACGUGCAUGGAAACGUGGGUAUUUGUUGUACGGUCCACCCGGGUCUGGAAAAUCUAGCCUCAUUGCCGCCAUGGCUAAUUUUCUAUGCUAUGACGUGUAUGAUCUUGAGCUCACGAAAGUUUCAGACAACUCUGAGCUCAGAGCUUUGUUGAUUCAAACUACGAAUCGUUCUAUCAUUGUGAUAGAAGACAUUGAUUGUUCUGUGGAUUUAACAGGUGAUAGAUUGUCGAAAAUGUCGAGGAAAGCAACACGCAGUGAGAAGGGCCGGCAUGUAAGCGAUGAUGGAGAGGAUAAUGGGCGGGUGACAUUGUCGGGGCUGCUGAACUUUACUGAUGGACUAUGGUCGUGUUGUGGUGAAGAGAGAAUUAUAGUUUUCACGACCAACCACAGGGACAAUGUUGACCCGGCGCUCGUUAGAUGUGGGCGCAUGGACGUGCAUGUUAGCCUCGGCGCGUGCGGCGCUCAUGCAUUCAAGGCUUUAGUCGCGAAGUACUUGGGGGUGGGCUCCCACGUGCUGUUUGACGUGGCGGAGAGCUGUAUAAGGUCGGGCGGGGCCCUCACACCAGCUCAGAUCGGAGAGAUAUUGUUGAGGAAUCGUCGCGAUGCUGAUGUGGCAAUCAAGGCGGUAAUAUCAGCGAUGCAAGCCAAGAUUUUGGGUGCUAAUGUGGACUUCAUGGAGGGCAGUAGAGAGUACGAGGAGGCAGGGGUGAAGACGCCAGAAAGUGUUGACCGGAGGUUGGUGGAGUCGCCGGAGAAUUGGGAGACUUCGCCCGGGAGAAUAGGAGGGAAGAAGAGGAAAGAGCAUGGGUCAACUUGGGAGAGAAAAGUCAAGUUCUUAGUGAGGCUUAAAUCUUUGACCAAGUCAGACUCUGGAAGGAGAGGUGUGUAACCUUUCUCUAAUGUAACCAUUUUGCUAGCUCUUUAACCGACCUUUGGAACCAUACCAAAUUGUAAUGUUAAUGUGUGAUUUGGUACUUGGUGGACCUCCUUUAUGAAAGGAGAAAUUUUGGGUGGUUUUAAAUGUUUGAUUAACCUCUUAACGUGGAUGUAAUUAAUCUUUCUUGGUGUAUGCUAUCA